AUGGCUCCUCUGACGCUCCUUCUUGUUCUGCUGUGGGUCGGUACCACAGUGAGCACAGUGGUGGAUGUGCACAAAAGGAUCAUCGGAGGUCAACAGUGUAAUGCAAAUGAGCGUCGGUAUCACGUGAAACUGGUCGAUCAGAACAAUAAUUUUGUCUGUGGAGGCUCUCUGAUCAGUGACGAGUGGGUUCUGACUGCAUCUCACUGCUGGAAGCCAGAACUGGGAGCCUCAGUGCAGAUCGCAGGACAUGCCUCUACCCGUGUGGGCCGUAAUAAUGAAAGAGUACCCGGUGAAUCACCAACUCUUCAGUGUGCAAAUGUUAACGUCGUUGCCUGUACUGGCCUUGAUUACACUAUGUGGGACACACGGUCUACUCCCGACCACUGGUUCUGUGGUCAAGCUCCGGGAGUGGAUGCAUGUUGUGGUGACUCUGGUGGAGGAGUCGUGUUCAAUGGCCGGCUCUACGGUUUGAUCCAGGGUGGUGGUGUACGUGCAAUGCAACGACCAAUUGACUUCCCAAACCCUACCAACCGAUGA